AUGUUACCUGCCUCUGCUGUCAAUGAAAUGCAGCAGGAUCUGCAGCUGCAAACUCUGGCUCGAUCUUUCGAAGCUCUCUUGCUUACCAUCCAACACCUAGGCUGCAAGGAAAGAGAUCUGCAUCGGAGGCUGAAAUAUGCACACGAUGAGUACCUCAAGUUGGCAAAUCAACUUCCUAAUGAAACCAAUACACACUCCAAGAUCGUUGCGGAGAAGAUACUUGGUCGACAUUCCGAAUACGAACCCCUCCAUAGCCAAUCCCUAAAUCCCCUGGAUGUAAUCAAGGCACUUGCAGACUCUGGAAACGUAGGAAGCGAGGCACUUACUGCCAUAAAGGAAGGACUGGAAUGCUGCAGAUCAAUAAACCGCACCGACAAUGAUAAGCAGCUUUCCGAAGUCAAUUCAUGUUAUGUUGCGACCAGGGCUGGCGUAUCAGGCAACUUAGAAAAAGACUUCACCACCAAGGGCACGCAGGGAAGUUUGCGUUGUCCCUUUUCGAAGCCUAACAAUAAACCCUCUGAAAAUGGGGAGUCUAACGGGAUUGAGGAUGCCUUUGUUACUCAGAACGGUGAUACGUGCGGGCACGAGGACCUCGAUCCCAUUAAAGCUGAACAGAAUGAUAGACGCUCUAGUUUAACGACAUCCGCAAAGUCGAGUUCAACCAGAUGCCCUAUUUCUAGGUGUCCUAUCAGAUUCAUGGACAAGCAUAGUCCGGAGGAGAUUGCCGACUAUGUCGAGAGACACAAGCAUGAGAUCCCUCGCAGCCAUGCAAUAUGCGUUCAACGUUACCAGAAAGAUUCUCAAACGAUGCGGCAACUUGACGCAAAGUAUGGUAAUCUUAUCAGUAUGAUCCAAGGCUUGUCAGUCAAACAUCAAGCGUACCUACCAGGCCAUAGCCAGGACGGCGCACCAGCAUCCAGUUCAUCUGCUGAACGAGUCGAAAAAUGGGCAGAAGACGUUGGAAUGGAAGCGCCUGAGCAAGAAAUACGCAGCUCUGCCAACGAACAAGAAGCAUCAGGGGCUGACGAUGAUGACGAGAGAAAGGGGCAUUUCGACCGUCCUUUGCGCGAGGUGCGUGUUGGCGAAUCCCCAAGCAGGCCUUGGGGCAUACCGGUUCCAGUUUCCCAACCUUCUUUCACACCUGCCAUACACUCGCCGCCCACUCCGCCCUCAGGCACUGCCAAACAGCCAUUGAAAGCGUCAUCUGGCCUUUCUGCCACUGGGGAGCCUGCCAAAGUUUCAUCUGGCAUGAGAACUGGUCGGUGUCCUUUCGGCCAUGAUGCUCCCAAAGCGGACGAUCCAAGGCACGAUCUGGAGAUUGAAACCGUCCGUAACGAAGCAAGCAAGAGCGAGGCCGCAGACACCCCUCGCCCCCCUCACGAGGAUAGCGCGGACGGUUAUUUUCCUACUGGCCAAAUCGACCCAACCUCGUCCGCAAAAGUCGUCUUCAAUGGGCCGGUUUUCUUCGGGUUCUCACCGGAGCAAACUGCAUCGUUCCUGCACAAACUGGGCAAUACAGUGUCAAGCAAGCCAUCAUAA